AUGGAACACCUUGCGAACUCUUUUUCGGUGUUGGAACUCGACGCUGAUGAUAGCGACAUUCAACCUCUUUCUCUUCCUUCUGGUAGUAAUGGAAAGAAAGCAAAUGGCAAAGCUUUACAAGUGAAAAAUGAGAGACAUAAUCUAGCGGCUUAUUUGCCUGAAUACAGGUUACCUCUUGUCUGGAUUGACUUGGAAAUGACUGGUUUAAAUAUUGAAGUGGAUAGAAUACUGGAGAUUGCUUGUAUAAUUACAGAUGGAAAUUUAACCAAAUCGGUGGAGGGUCCUGAUUUGGUCAUACAUCAAACUAAGGAGUGCCUUGACAAGAUGGGAGAAUGGUGUCAAAGUCAUCAUGCAGCUAGUGGGUUGACAAAAAUGGUGCUUGAAAGUACAAUUAGUGAAAGAGAAGCUGAAAAACAGGUUAUUGAAUUCGUUAAGAGACAUAUUGGUGGUACAUAUGCACCUCUUUUAGCAGGAAAUUCAAUAUAUGUUGAUUUUCAAUAUCUUAAGAAGUACAUGCCAGAAUUGGCGGGGAUCUUCUCUCACGUGGUUGUUGAUGUUAGUAGUAUUUCAGCUCUUUGCAUUCGCUGGUAUCCCAAAGAUCAGAAGAGAGCACCUUCAAAAGAAAAAAGGCACAGAGCCCUGGAUGAUAUUAGAGAAAGCAUUGAGGAACUUAGAUACUACAAGGAAAAUAUUUUCAAGCCAAAGAUCAAGAAAUGA